AUGGCUUACUGUGCCUUGCCCAACACCACCCGUGAGCAGAAACGCAAGGAUUACGAGAAUGACCCAGGCAAUGUACGCGAAACAUGGGAAAACCUCCGCAACAGCAUCAUUGGGAUAGGAAGAGGCUACUUCGGCAAUGACUUUCCCGCAACCGAGAUCAAAGACCAGCUACACGACAUUUGGGACGAGCUCAUCCAUGCGGCUAAGAUCACACCCGCCGCCAGCGCUGAACAUGACCGACUUGUGCUACUGGUGAUAGAAGCUCGUGAGCUGGGGAUCUUCACACAGAAUAAAGAGGAUAGGGCCGCUGCAUCCGCAUCUACCUCUCCCAGCCAAAUACGGGAUGAGGUCGUCCUACCCAACGGACAACGGCUAUGGAUUGAUCUCCCCUAUCUCACCCAGGAAGUGACGGAUUCAUGGACCAAGGAAUCGAUGGGUUUUACGCGGGCUGAGCGGGAGAGCGUUGCCGUGUGGACUGCUAAGCUAUGUGCUGCCGGUGUCUGCUCAGACGACCUCAGCCGCUGCGCGCUGUGGCUAUUCAAACAGGCUCUAGAGACGGACAGGCAACUCAUCGAGGACGACGGACAAGGUGACUCGAAGGGAGACAAGGAAGAUACUUGUCCAACCAUCCAGGACCUUCUACCCGCGUGUCUUGCAUGGCUGAAAUAUAGCAAUAUCAAGCUGGUGAGGCUCUCACAGGCAAACUACACCGGAAUCCAUUCGUCCGACGGUGGCCAUGAUGACACGACCAUGCCAGGCAACCUGGCGGUAAAAGCAGGCGUCACACAGGUCGGAUUCAGUGUUCAACGCUGGCUCUUCUGGAGACAGCGCUUCAAAGAUCUGUAUCGAUCCGAAGUUCCGUCCGUUGUCAAGCUGGCCAAGUCUUGCUUCGACGCGUCUAUUUUCUCGGGUAUGGAUGUUGGUAUCAGUAUUCCUGGUGAGAAAAUAUAUCUCACCCGACUCUUUGAGGCACUCGACAAGGAGAUGGAGGCUAGAGAGUUCAAGGAGUGUGUUGAUGCAGAGGAUAUCGACAUUGAUAUGGACUGGGAUCAGGAGUAG